AUGUACAGAGAAAUACCGAAGGCAGAUCAUAAAGUAGAACGUCCCUACAACCCGAGAUAUAAUGCAAAUAUUUUUGAAAUCAUCACAUAUUGUUGGAUGUCAAACCUAUUUAAGAUAGGACGGCACAGGGAUUUAAUUGAAACAGAUUUGUAUACGACAUUAGACGAUCACACAUCAUCAUCAUUAGGCGACCAAUUAGAAAAGACAUGGAGGUCGGAAUUAGCCCAUGCAUAUUCAGUGAAUCGAAAGCCGACAUUUUUAAGAGCUUUGAUCCGAAUGUUUGGUGCCAAAUAUAUGUUUCUCGGAUUUAUACUUUGCAUACUUAACACUAUAUUCAAAGUAUCUGAACCUAUAUUAGUUGGUGAACUAUUGGAAUAUUUCAAUCCUGACUAUUCCAAAAACUCUGAUAUAAGAUAUGCAUACAUAUGCGCAUCUGGUUUAGUAAUCAGCUUAUUUAUAACAACAAUCAUAGAGUGUUUAACGUAUCAGGAAGUCUUCAACGACUCGAUGAAGGUGCGAGUUGCGUGCUCAUCUCUAAUUUAUAGAAAGACAUUAUUUCUGAGCAAUAAAGCUCUUGGUGAAACAACAGUUGGCCAAAUGAUAAAUUUGAUAUCGAAUGAUGUAAAUCAUAUCGACAUUGCAUUACAAAAAUUACAUUAUUUAUGGAUUGGUCCUUUGCAAACAAUAGUGGUUACAUAUUUAUUGUGGCAGGAAAUUGGCGUGUCCUCGUUGAUUGGAAUAUCAACCUUUUUUUUUUUUAUCCCGUUACAAGGUUGGAUGGGGAAAAAAAUUUCUGAAAUCCAUUUAAAAACGACAAAGAAGACCGAUGAGAGAAUACGUCUAAUGAAUGAAAUCAUUUUAGGAAUACAGGUGAUCAAAAUGUACACUUGGGAAAAACCUUUUAGUAAACUUAUUGAAUAUGUGAGAAAAAUGGAAAUUGAACAGAUUAAAGAAUCGACAUUUAUUGGAUUCAUUUCUAUUUCGUUCAAAGUAUUUCAAACAAGAUUUCAACUAUUCGUCAGUAUCAUAUUGUACAUUUUACUAGGAAAUCACAUAUCUGUGCACAAAGUUUAUGUUCUUACAUCAAUAUACUCUGUGUUGCAUGUGUCAAUGGUAGUACUGUUUUCUUCUACUUUGUUGAACAUUGGUGAAUUUAUUGUAUCCAUUAAACGCAUCGAGAACUUCUUAUUACUCGAGGAAAAGAAUCAAAUAUCAAAAUGUUCAAAAUCUGACAGAUCAGUGAAAUAUGAUGUUAUUAAAUCACUAAUUGCUGAUGAAAAGAUUAAAAACGACUAUGAGGAAUUUGAAAACGAAACUGAACUUGAUGGUGAUAAUGGUAUAGUUAUUUUAAAUGCUACUGCGAAAUGGAUGGACGAUCAAAUUAGUAACACAUUAGAAAAAAUUAAUUUAACCGUAAGACCUGGACGAUUGCUUGCAGUUAUUGGAUCAGUAGGAGCUGGAAAGAGUUCAUUAAUACAAGCAAUUUUACGGGAAUUGCCAAUUUUUGAAGGUAGAAUUUCAGUGCAUGGGGUAGUGUCUUAUGCACCACAGGAACCGUGGAUAUUUUCUGGGUCCGUUCAACAAAAUAUUCUAUUUGGAUCGCCGAUGGAUAAAGAACGAUUCAAACAAGUUAUUGAUGUAUGUGCACUAAAAAGCGAUCUUGAACAAUUUCCACUUGGCGAUGAGACCAUAGUUGGAGAAAGAGGAAUAACCUUAAGUGGAGGACAAAGAGCUAGAAUUAAUUUAGCGAGAGCGGUGUACAAACAAGCAGAUAUUUACUUACUGGAUGAUCCUCUUUCAGCUGUUGAUGUUAAAGUUGGCAAGCAUUUAUUUGAAAAAUGCAUUUUAGACUACCUAAAAGCAAAAACAUGUGUUCUUAUUACGCACCAAGUACAAUAUUUAUCUGACGUUGAUCAAAUUGUUCUAAUGGAUAAUGGUAAUAUAGUUAGUGAAGGAUCUUAUCAAGACCUAAAAGCCUCCAGUUUUGACGUUGCAAAAUUAUUCGGAUCUUCAGAGGAUACUAAUAUUGAAAAUGAAAAUGAAACAACUAAUAUAAAAAUCAAUAGUGCCAAAUCAUGCUUGGUUUCUUCUCUGCAUCAUGGAUCCAACAAGAGCAUUAUAUCGUCUAAAUUUGAAAAUCAAAUUAGUAAUGACAAAGCUUCAAAGCCCAAUUCCAUUUCACAUCCCCAGUCAUAUGAAUAUAAUUCCAAAAAUAAAUUUAUAUCAUACAUUUUGGCUAGUGGAAGCACAACUAACAUUUGUUUUUGUAUUUUUAUGUGCAUUUUAACUCAAGUUCUAAUUACCAGUGGGGAUAUUUGGCUUAGUUUUUGGGUCAAUCAGGAAGUUUAUGAAUUUCAUAAUUUUUUUAAUACAUCUCACGAAACUAAUACAUCAGUGCCUCGUGAUCCAUAUUAUAAUGCAUCAGUAUCUUUGUUGUCAAAUUUCCAGCAACAUUUUGCUAUUAUUUAUGUCUUAUUAAUUGUUUCCCUGAUAAUAUCAGGUAUCAUCAGGUCUGCUAUAUUUGUUAAAAUUACUACAAAAGCUUCAAUAAAUUUACACAAUCAAAUGUACAAUUCUAUUAUAAGAACCACCAUGUUUUUUUUCAAUACAAAUUCAUCAGGGCAGAUAUUGAAUCGUUUUUCUAAAGACAUGGGAGAGAUGGAUAAAAUCUUACCAAAUAUUUUUCUGGAUGCUAUUCAAACUAUUUUGUUUAUUUUGGGAACUGUAUUUAUUGUUGCAUCAACUAAUAUUCAUCUUACUAUACCAACAUUUAUCGUGGGAGUUAUAAUUUACAAACUAAGAUAUUUGUGUUUUAAUACAUCUCAAUGUGUCAAAAAGUUAGAAGGAACUACACGAAGUCCUGUAUUAGCUCAUAUGAAUGCAUCAUUACAAGGUUUAACAACAAUAAGAGCAUUUAAAGUAGAAGAUAUUUUAUCUAGAGAAUUUGAUAAACAUCAAGAUUUACAUACCUGUGCUUCACAUUUGUGUACCUGUUUAAAUCAAGGAUUUGGGUUUUGGUUGGAUAUAAUCUGUAUUAUUUAUAUUAGCAUUGUAAUAUCCAGCUUUUUAUUAAUCGACAACAAUGUGUAUGGAGGAAGUGUUGGUCUAGCCCUUACACAAGUGAUGGCAUUACUCGGUAGGACUCAAUGGGGGAUAAAACAAUACACAGCUUUAGAAAUCCAUAUGGUACCAGUUGAAAGAAUAUUCGAAUACACAAAUUUGCCACUAGAAGAAACUCUUCAGUCUACUACUAAAAAAACACGACCAAAAGGAUGGCCUUAUUCGGGCAAAAUCGUAUUCAAAAAUUUUAAUUUACGUUACAGUUUAGAUUCACCAUAUAUAUUGAAAGAUCUAAAUAUUCAAAUUCAGAAAAUGGAAAAAGUGGGUAUUGUUGGUAGGACCGGUGCAGGAAAAUCCUCUUUUAUUGGAGCAUUGUUUAGAUUAGCUCUGAAUGAAGGUAAAAUCAUCAUUGAUGGUGUAGAUAUACACGAAUUAGAACUGAACGACCUCAGAUCUAAGUUGUCCAUUAUUCCUCAAGAACCAGUAUUGUUUUCUGGGACAAUGCGAACAAACUUAGAUCCAUUUGACGAAUACCCAGACCAUGCACUUUGGAAUGCUCUAGAUGAAGUAGAACUUAAAGACUUUGUAGAGGAUUUGCCCGACGGUCUAAACUCGAAAAUGUCCACGAGUGGUUCAAAUUUCAGUGUUGGUCAAAGGCAAUUAGUUUGUUUGGCUAGAGCAAUAGUACAAAAAAAUAAAAUUCUAAUAUUGGAUGAGGCCACUGCCAAUGUUGAUCCAAUGACUGAUAAGUUGAUUCAAAAUACAAUUAGAAAUAAAUUUAGGUUUUGCACUGUACUAACAAUUGCUCACCGUCUAAAUACUAUUAUGGACUCCGAUAAAGUAUUAGUUAUGGAUUUUGGAAAAAUAAUUGAAUUUGACCAUCCAUAUAGUUUGUUGAAAAACACUGAUGGAUUUUUCUACAAAAUGGUAGAACAGGCGGGAAAGGAUACUGCAUACUUUUUACAUAGUGUGGCAUCUGAGAAUUUUACAAAAGUCCGAACUCCAGUUGAUGAAAAAAUCUGA